AACCGUGAUUCGUCGGGCGAAACGAAAUCCUGGAGAGACUGGUCUAUCGCGAUAGGUAGUAUCGUUAUCAAGAAGAUAGCCAUCGUUCUUUCCGAGACAACAAGGUUUUGUGUUCUCUUUCUUGCUCUCUAGUAUCGCGCGAACCGUCGAGCCAGCGAAAAUUCGAUCCGUCGGCGAACCGAUUUCUCCAACAGCGCCAGAAUGCGAAUGUCUCGUGGCGAUCCCCGACGGAGUACAGUCGUCUUCCCUCUGGCCACCAAGUCUUUCGAACGAGCCUUCUGACGUGCGCGAUCGACGACAAAGAGUCGAGGCGAAGGAAGAAAACUGCUCGAGAAAGAAGAGAGGAAAGGAUUUGGAGGCCGAUCUCUCUCGGCGUAGAGAGAGAAAGAAAGAAAGAAGGAAUCGAAGAAAGGAACAUCGAGCCUCCACCACUACUACCGUCGAUAAAAAAAGAACGCGUGGAGAGAAGGAGGAGUAGCGAGCGAAAGAAAGGAAAAAGAAGGUGCACGAGGAGAGGAGGGGGAAGCAAAAUCGGGCCAAAGUUUUAUUUCGUCGCGAGCGAGUAACGGGAAGAGGAGGAGAAGGAGGAGGAGGAGGGAGGAGGAGGAUCGGGUGGCGCGGCGCCGGCGUUUCGUUGCGCUGCGUAAAAAAAAAAAAGGAAAAAAAUCCGGCGAAGGAAGGCCGAGAUCGAUCGUCGAACGCGCGCGCGUUUCCAAAACCGGUCGGGCCGAAAGAACGCGCGAUGAUCGCGCCACGUGUCGUGAGGACGGCCGAUAACGAAACCGGUCGUUGCACCGAGUGGCCGGCCAAACACUCGUCGUACACCGCCCUCUACGACCAGCCACCUCGAGCCACCCUCCCUUCCUGCCGAUUCGCGCGAGCAGCGCCUGUCCUCCAACAACAACCCCCCCCGAUUAACCAUUACCCCUCCUCCCCCCCUUACGGGCAUCAAGCGUCUGGCGGGACGCCGCUGCCUUACCACGCGCCCCUUCCGUGCACGGAGCCACCGUCCACCACCGUCGACCAAUCUCAAUGCGGCCAGUUUCAGAAUGCAGGAUGGAGGAAUUGCCAAUUGGGUCCGAUCGACGUCGAGGAUCUGGCCCUGUACUUCGAGGACAGAUCGCAGAUCAAUCGCGCGUCCCGGCCAUCGAUCAACUCGUCGAAUUUUCGUCGGCCGCCAAGAUCGAUCAACAACCCGUCGUAUCCGUCGACGAGCGACGGACAGUUGUCGGAAUUUCCCUCGAACGUUGCUCGCACGUGCGCCGACGAUUGGCCCGACGGCCAAUUCUGCGACACCUGUACGCAACAACAGUUCCCCUUUUGCACGGAGGAACGAUGGCUCCAAUGCCCGGCCAGCGACCGUUGUCCCCUGUACGACGACAACGUCUAUCCCUAUGGAGGAAACCCGGUUUUGCCACCGUGCGUCUACGAGGAUUUCGGCAACGGGUAUUGCCGAUACUCCGGGUAUAACGGGGACGAUCAAAUUCUCGAGGAUUAUUUGAGCAACGAGAAAAGGAAGGAGAAGUCUCGCGACGCUGCUAGAUACCGUCGAAGCAAGGAGACGGACAUUUUCACGGAUCUGGCCGCCGCUCUUCCCGUAACACCGGAACAGGCAGCUCAUUUAGAUAAGGCGAGCGUUAUGAGGCUUGCCAUCGCCUAUCUUAAAGUGCGCUCUGUGGUCGACUGUAUUCCAGGCCCGAUGACCAAGUCCGAGACGUUGAAUCAAAUGGACGAAUUAUUUUCCAAAGCUCUAAAUGGAUUCAUGCUGGUGCUUUCCAGCGAUGGAAAUAUGAUCUACCUGUCGGAGAAUGUGAGCGAUUAUCUCGGCAUUUCCCAGAUGGAUAUGAUGGGCCAAAGCGUGUACGAGUACAGCCAUCCGUGCGAUCACGAGGAAUUGCGGGAAUGCCUGUCCUCGAAACCGCUCGAGAACAGCGAGAAACGUGCUUGCAGUUUUUUCUUACGGCUUAAGUGUACGUUGACCAGCAAAGGAAGGAAGGUCAAUCUAAAAAGCGCUUCCUACAAGGUGAUUCAUUGUACCGGUAGAUUAACGUAUAUCCGCGAUCCGGUAUCGAAUUCGUCGGACAACGACGAAACGAGAAAUAAAAAGGACGAGGAGGGGAAUGAACGGGACACCGGUGCCUCGCUAGUGCUUUUGGGAUGUCCCAUACCGCAUCCUAGCAACAUUGAGAUACCGUUGGGACGUCACACUUUCCUCUCCAAGCAUAGCCUCAGCAUGAAGUUCACGUACGCCGACGAAAAGUUGGCCGAGUAUCUGGGUUGGAACAGCGAAGAGUUAGUGGGACAAUCCGUUUUCGAGUUCUAUCACGCCCUCGACAAUUUGGCUCUGGAUAAAUCUUUCAAAUCACUGUUCAGCAAGGGUCAGUGCGAGACGGUGGCCUACAGAUUUCUGGGCAAACGUGGAGGAUACGCUUGGGUCGUGACGCAAGCCACUCUAAUUCACUGUUCCAAGCAGCAGAAACCGUUGUCCGUCGUCUGUGUGAAUUACAUUCUAAGCGGUGUGGAACGCGAGGAUGAGGUGUACAGCGCGCGUCAGCUCGCAGCACGUGACACCGAGAAGGCCGUGAAGCCGGAGCAGCCGGCCGAUCCCAUCCUCGUCGAGCCUCUGCUCACGACCAAGCUUCGUCUCCGCGUCCAAGUGAACAAUAAUAACAAUAACAAUAAUAAUAACAACAAGAGUAACAAGAGUAACCUGGAGGAAGCUACGUUGGACGGAAACGAGGAACGGUUCUCCCUGCAACCGGAAGUCGAUUCGUUGGAUCGCGCGAAACCGUUGACGGUGACGAGCUCGACUUUCCGCGCGGCGGACAACAAGCCGAGGAGGGCGCAGGACGGCUCGCGGAAGGAUAACACCUUCCCGAGACCGGUCCAAUCUACGUCGGAGAAAUCGUUCGCCGGUGUCCAAGCGUUGAAACAAUCCCUCGAGGAGUCGAUCAAGGAGAACAACGAGCCGAGAAAGAAGCAGCAGUGUCGCCGUGCUCCGUUCGAGUUCCAGGGUAAACCAGCGCUGGAAUACGAUCCGGAGACCGCUGUUCGCCAGGACAGACCGCACGUGGUUACCAGACACUUGUUCGCAUCCAUUGCCACUCAGCAGCAGCAGCAGCAGCAGGAACAGCAGAUCACUUGCAGGCCACCGCCGCAAACAGCGACUGCGAGUAUCUUCGCACCUCGCACCGAGGACAUGAACAAAGGCUUCUUGACUUUCAGCGAGGAUCAUCCAGGCCUUACCAUGCUGAAGGACGAGCCGGAGGAUCUGACGCAUCUGGCGCCAACACCUGGCGACGUGUGCGUCCCCCUCGAGGACACGCCUUUCCUCUCGGAGAUGCUCGACGAGUUUAUCCUGAGCAGCGACAACUAUUGCCCCCUGCUCAGCCCGGGCGGGCCGUUGGCCCCCGAGUUGCGGUCCACGGAUUUCGGCGACCCCCUCAAGGACGCCGAGUUGGCCGACACCCCGAGAGGCAAGGAUCUCGGGGAGUCGUUGGCCGACAGCGACCCGUUCAUGUACGGCGACUCGCCGAGCAGCCCUUGCAGCAUCGAUCCGAGCGCCGUCUCGCCGCAGCUCGCCAACAAGUAUCGUCGAAGCCCGGAGAGAAGCAUAGACUCGUUGGGCAGCCCGACGGGCGGAAGCGGUGCCGACGGUUUGUCCGAGGACGAGAUGUUGAUGCUUGGGCUGAACGACAGCAUGGCCGACGACGAGCUGGAGUUGAGGGCCCCGUACAUACCGAUGUCGGAUCAGGACGAGGCGUUGGAUCUGCUCAUCAGCAACGAUAUGGUGAUGUGGAGCCCGCCACAGACCACGGAUCAGAAGAACGGUUUGAAAUGGAUGUUGGCGGAGAAGGAGCAACGAACGUCGGAUUCCAGUUUGGCGCAACUGUUGAAAACGGAUCAGGUCGUCUCGAGAAAGUACAACGACCACGGUGGGGGUUUGGUGAAUCCGGUCCAAGUUCUCGGCCAGAUCCCUAGAAAAAGAGAACUUGAUGGAGUCGCGGAACGUGCCCACGAUGUACCCGAAAGUAGCCCUGAUGUCCCCGCUGUCCGUGAACCUGGACAAUCAUCAGAUGGUGCCCCAGUGCCCUGACUCGAGAGGAUCGUCGUCCGGCUCUUCGUCUUACGGCCAACUGAGCCCGGCCGCGAGGAGGCAGAUGUCCAGCAACGCGUUCGUAAUAAACGGAGGAGGAUCGAUAGUGUCGUGCCCUUCCUCGCCGAUCAUGCCGUUCGACGCGUUCGAUUACGAGGCGAGCAUGUCGGUGAGCGGGUUGCUCCAGGUCGAGCCGGAUCUUUUCGGAACACUGCUCGACCGAAGUCUCGUGUAAGAAUAUAUACGAUUGUGAAGGAUGGAGAUAUUACAAGUUGCAAUAGAGAAUAGAUGGGUUAUGAUGAUGGGCAAGAAAUGAAGAUGCCAAAGCGAGAGGCGACUUUUUAUUUUUUUUCUAUUUUUUUUUUUUUCUCUCUCUCUUUUUAGAUGGAGUUUAAAGACAGUUCGGGGUUGUCGUUUCUUUUCUGAAUUGAGAAUCGUGCGAAAAAGAUACAUAUUGUAUAUCGAUAUUUUUUCAUUGGUAUGUAUAAUCGUGCGUGGUAUAAAUUUAUCCCGAUCCUAGAUUUUUCACGCGAAAAGUGCCAAUGCAUUUUUUAGGGUGUUAGCGUUUAAGGUUAUAACGUAGUGUGUAAAGUAUAAAGAAAAUAAGGAAGGAAGGAAGGAAGGAAAGGUUCUGCUGUCGCUUUAUUUCGCGAUACACAUAUAUAUAUACACAUAUACCUGACAUUCGGUUGACUAUAAUAGAGCAUAAUUCCUCCUCUGAUCCAAUAAAGAUUUUAUGACCACUCCGUCGAGUGAAAAACGAAGAUAUUCGAGUGGCCGCGUUUCGGAUCGAUCCGGAUUGGAUGAAAAAAGAAAAAAAA